AUGCGGACUGGGCAUGGCUGCGGAACUGGCAGCUGCAGGCCAGACAAAGAGAGCAGGGUUGAAGAAGAGAUGCUGAAGCUUCGAUUGAAACACUACCAGUGGCUCAGCCGUUCGUUGUCUCACCUUUGCUUUGUGCUAGCCCUUUGGCAACUCCAGGAAGCUCUGCAAGCACCAGGGCCAGGUACCAUCGUUUGGGUCAUGUGUGGCACCGCAGCCUAUUUGCAGCACUUGCUGAUUGGAACCAAAUUGGUUGAUUGUACACCUUGGAGAUUGAAGUCUUUGUGUUACUUGAUGCAUAUCAUCACAUUUCUCGUGCUUCUCGCAACGUUUGGAGCACCUAAUGCGUCCAAGUUCACUUUGCUCCAAAGCUUUGCCGUAACGUGUCGCUUCCUACUUGUUUUGGCAUUCUUGGACCCCUGGAUUUCAAUCCCCUUUCAAUUGCUUUACACUACAGCCGAUGUCCUGGUCCACCUCAUGGUGCAUCAAGAGGACGGUGUAGAUUUGCAGACCUUGUGUUUCACCCAGUUCUUUGUUUUCGGCAUCAGCAUUACCUCUUCUGUGUUCAUCGACAUGGCACUGCGCGGGCGUAUUUAUGCGCAGUUGGAUUCCGCCGAUGCGGAGUCUUUGGUUUCCGGUUUCCGGAGGGUCUUGAGAGGUGCUUGUGAUGGCGAGGGGCUCUUGGACAACCACAUGAAUGUCGCACAAGAGAGCGAAUGCUUGAAGCAUUUGAUUCUCACCGAUGUGAGUUUGAAAGGUAGGUCCUUUCAACAUUUGCUUGCGGAUGAGGAGCAGAAUCGUUUUGCCAAGUUCAUUGAGGCUUCGACUGAGGAAUUUGGUGUUGCGGACUCCAAAGAUGCUGCGUGUCCAUUGUGUUUCAGGGUUUCUUUGCUGGGAUCAGCUGGCAUACGCGUUGGUGCAGAUAUCUACCAUGUGCCGGUUCCAGGUCUCUUUGGUGCCGAAGAGCCGUACCACAUCAUCGCUUUCAAAGAAGAUCCCGAAUCACGUCCUCAUCCCGAUGCUGAAGAAGAUGCAGUGCCGGCAGUCCUGUUGAACAAUGCUGCGAGGCAGAAUCAGGUGAAAGUGGUAACCCAAGACUCAAAGUCCAUGCUAUCUGCAAGUAGUGGACACAGUUCUUGUUUCGAUGCUUGUGUGGAGUUGCAACAGAUGACUUUGCUCGUGGAUGUCGAUACAGAGCUUCAUGAUGUGGAGAAAGCACACCUGAACUUUGCACGUCCCGAUGAGCAGGCUGAGCAAACGGCAGAUCCACCGUCAGCUUUGCAAUCGAACAUGCCCUGCUUGCGGAAGCUCGUGAAGCCCACGGAUUGGGAGAAGGUCCGUUCCAGCGUGGUAAGAUAUGUGGACAAGGCUUUACGAGAUCCCACGAUCCCCCCCCAGACCUUGAGCAAGAUGACUGUGAAGCUCCCCGGUCAUGGUGGAUGGCUUCUGGUAGAAGAAGCUACUGUCCACCAAAUUCCAGGGUCCAAGAAGAUCUGGCUGCUCUUGAACGGGUUCCGACCAGAGAAAGCUCGACUUGUGCCUUCGUUGGACGGAAUUUCGGAGGGAAUUCGAGUGCACCAGAGGCCUUCUGAAGUGCUAGGCCGCUGA